GCCUCACCAACAAGACAUGCGUUGUGUGGCCUUUGCUCUUGCGCUUGCUGCGCUUGCCAUGUGUGCCUCUGCUGGCCCGCUGUAUGACUAUGUGCAUGCUCCAGAUGACGACUACACGUACGAGGUCAUGAACCAGACCAUCAAGGGUGUGGACUUUACCGUCUACAACGUGUUCCUCACCUCGGGUGAGUGGAUGCCUCAGUACAGCAACAAGCCGAUGUGGACGCACUGGCUGCAGGUGUGUGUCCCGCACAAGCCGCGAAAGGACAACGACAUUGCGCUGCUCUACAUCGACGGCGGUCACACCGCCAACAAGGCCUCGCCGCCAUCCAAGGGCGAUGCUCUGGUCGAGAUUCUGUGUGGAACGACCGGUGCGGUCUCGGCUCACCUCUCGGCCGUCCCCUCGGAGCCGCUGGUCUUCUCCAACGACCCGUCGGGCAAGUCGCGGACCGAGGACGCCAUCAUUGCAUGGACGUGGAAGGUGUGGCUUGAGAGCGGCGGCAAGGCCGACCCGACAUGGCUCCUCCGCUUCCCCAUGGUCCGCAGUGUCCUCCGUGCCAUGGACACUAUCGAGACCUUCACCGCGUCGUACGGCAAGGACCUUGUUCCGGUCCGCCGCUGGCUCCUCGCGGGCGCGUCGAAGCGCGGGUGGACGACGUGGAUGGCUGCCGCGACUGCGGCGACUGCCGAGCGUCCCGACCGUGUCGUCGCCGCCGUCCCCAUUGUGGCGCCGGUCGGCGAUCUUGUGUUCAUGAUCGGCGACAUGUACAAGGCGUACAAUGGGUUCUCUUUUGCGCUUGACGACUACCUUGACGCCGGUGUCAUCGACUACCUCAACCUCCCGCUGUUCCAGAGCCUGCUCGACCUGGUCACUCCGACCGGCCCGGGCUUUGCCGCCAACUACUCGCGGCAGACCAUCCUCUCCAUCGACGCCACCGGCGACGAGUUUUUCAUGCCCGAGCCGUGGCGGGCCAAGACCGGCUCGUGGGUCAAGCCCAUCGAGGACGCCGGCGCCACCGUCAUCCAGCGCAUGGUGCCCAAUGCCGAGCACAGCCUCACCGGCCACCAGAUCGACGUCGCACUCACUGUCCAGUCGUUUGCCGUCGCCAUCAUGGAGGGCAAGACCAUCCCGGUCAUGUCUACCUCCAUCUCGGUCUCUGACAAGCUGGCCACCAUCGAUGUCCACAUCGACCCGGCGUCGUCCACCAACUCCCAGCCCAAGAAGUGCAUCGGCUGGCACGGGUACAACAAGCACACCCGCGACUUCCGCCUCAUCACCUGUGCCGACUUUAAGAACCCGGCAUGCCUCAACCCCAUCCUGUGGUUCGACGAGCCACUCGUUCCCAUGGGCAACAACUCGUGGACCUUCUCCCGCGCCGUCCCCGAGGCCGGUUAUGAGGGCCUCUUCAUCGAGUGUGAGUUUGACUUUGCCGGCCUCUCGUGGCUCGACCCGCUCAAGCUCACCUCGUUUGUCUCGGUCGCCCCCACCGCCUUCCCCUUCAAGCCGUGCCCGCCCACCGUCUGCGCCUCUGGCAAGUAG